UUCCGCGUCGUCGUCGUCCGUCGCUAUAAAAAGCCCUAUACAACGUUUCCUUCUUCACUACUUCAGGCAGCGCAGCUGAUCGUUAAGCCUCGUUUGGAUUGAUUGAAAUUGAAAUUUCAUUUUCCGACUCGAUAUCGAUGGAGAGGGGGAAUGAUUGCUUCAUGGGUGAGGAGUCGUUGACCGCCGAGAACCGGGAGGCGUUUGACUUCAUUCGAAGGAAGGGAGGGAACCUUCACCAAGCGGAAUCGGAGGCUAUUUCCGGCGAGUUUGAGGAGAAGGUUCGUGUCACCGGACCGCCACAUGCGGCGGCGGAGCAUGAUGUGGAAGUGAAGAAGCUCCACCGGUCCACUAGCUCUUCUAGCAGCUCUAGCGAUGAAGAAACCGACGAAAACGGGGAGAAGAAGAAGAAGGAGAAGAAAGGGUUGAAGGACAAACUGAAGAAGAAGUUGCAUGGUGAGCCAAAGGAAGAGAAGAAAGAUGAAGUAGUAGUUGAAACCUCCAUUCCCGUGGAGAUUAUUGUGGAUGAUCAUGAGGUGGAGGAUGAGAAGAAGGAGGGCUUCUUUGGCAAUAUAAAAAAGAAGCUCACCGGCGGUGGCCAUAAGGCGGAGGAAGUCCCGGAAACGGCGGCGCACCACCACGAUGCGGAGGUCAACAAACCCGGCUUCUUCGAUAAGAUUAAGGAAAAGAUCCAUGGCCACCACCCAAAGACAGAAGAGGAAAAGGAGAAGGAAAAAUAGGCAUCCCAUAAUGUGAAUUGACAUCAAUCAUGAUCAUGUUGUUUGUUUGAUGAUCACCC